AGGCUCCCUGCAAGGGGGGAGGAGGGGCCGGAUCGGAGAUUACCUGGAGGCGCCGCAAGUGCCUCCUGAUCGGCAGGGGCUGCCGCGACAGGCAAAGCGAUGCCGGCCACCUUAGCCCCGGCGGCUCCUCCUCCUCCCCGUCCUCUCCGGGUUUGGGCACGAAGCGACCGGAGAGGCUGCCCAGUUGCUGACUCUCCCCUCCCGAAGGGGCUGCAACCGGACGCCUCUCAGUCGACAGCCGCUAUAAUAGCCGAAGGAAAAAGCGCCGCCCGCCCACCGCCUCCUCUUCCAGCAACGACCGCGCCGAGCCCGCUGCAGACGCCCCCUGCUGCAGCCCGCGCCCUGUCGCCGCAUUUGGACCAGGACUCGAUGAGAGGCGUCGGGGCCGGCAGGAAGGGGCCGCGGACCCGGGCCGCACCAGCUCCCCCCCGGGGCUCCCCGAAUGGACGGUCCGCGGGGGCAGGAGAGAGAAGACGUUCCGGGCGAGCCCGCUUGGCCCGCCCGCGGUCUCGCGGGGGAGGCCCGUUCCUUCGCAGAAACCCGGGGGGGGGAGGACUAGGGACGAGCUCCGACGCGGGGGCCACGUGGACUUUGUGUCCUUCCAGAGAAGCGGCGCCACGUGACUCGCGCAUCAGCUGAUCUAACAUGGCGGGAGGCGGGGCUGUCGCGCGCUCCGGGUGAGCUCCGGGCAGGGGGGAGAGGGAAUGGUGAGGAGCUGCCGUCGCCAGAAUGGAUCCCCUCCUGGAGCAGGUGGAGAAAGACCUGGGCAUCGCCCGCAGCCAGCUGCUGCUCAGGGGCUCCCAUGUGGUGGCUCUCGUGCCCCUGAAAUGGCUGGCAAGCCUAAAGGAGCGGGGGGUGCUGCCUGCUCUGUGCCCGCAGCCGGAGGGCCUCAGCGAGAUGGAGGUCCACGCCUGCCUCCAGCACUCCAUUCAGAAGCUGCCCACGGGCUGGACUCGAGUGGAGAUCCACGGGCUGCAGAAGCUUUGGCUGCGCUACCGGCUGACCACAAAUGCCAACGGGCAGAAAGAGCCCCCAGGGGCUCCAGAGACCCUUCACAAGUUCAUGCGCAGGGUGGCUUCCCAGAACUGUAGGAAUCUAUGGAACCAAGCCCAUCGCUUGUAUGUCCAGCGCUACUACCCAGCCCUGGCUCCAGCCCCUGUCCAGGCCCUGGAGGGGCUCCGGGCGGCCCUGCAGAAGCUCUAUGGCUGCCCCCUUGUCCCUGUGGGGAGGACCCCUUCUUGCUCCUCUCCUGCCAAAGAGGAGGAGGUCCCUGGCCACACCCCCCCACGCUUCUCCAGCGUCCUGCAGGCGGACACCCUGUUGGAGUCCCCAGAGAUGCUCUACCUGGUCUUCCCGUAUGUCUGGCACUCCCUGCAUGAUCUCAUCACCUUCAGCCCCGCCAAGCUGAUGAACAGCCACGCCAAGCUGCUCUUUAUCCUCUUCCAGGUCUUGCUGGCCAUGCAGGCCUGCCACGAGGCGGGCCUGGCGUGUGGCAUCUUCUCGCUGGAGGACGUGUCCGUGGAUGAGAAGCUGUGUGCCCGGCUCAGACUCCCACUUCAAGGGUACGAGCAGCCAGGCAGGGAGGAGGCCGGGCAGGGAGGAGGCGUGGCAGUGGCCUCGAGCACUCCAGGCCAGGGGUCAGCAGAGGGCCAGGUGCCCAGGGGUCCCACUGCUGCAGAAGGGGCGGGGGCCCUGCCAGACCUCGGGGAUCUGGUGCUGGACUGGGUGCACGGCCGCCUCAGCAACUUUGACUACCUCAUGCACCUGAACCGUUUGGCGGGGCGGCGCCCGAAGGACCCCAACUAUCACCCGGUGCUCCCUUGGGUGAUGGACUUCACCCCCCAAGGGGGCCAAUUCCGUGACCUGCGGAAGUCCAAGUUCCGCCUGAACAAGGGGGACAAGCAGCUGGACUUCACCUACGAGAUGACCAAGCAGGCCUUUGUGGUGGGGGGCAGUGGCCUGAGUGGGGAGCAACCCCAUGUGCCUCAUCACAUCUCUGACGUCCUCUCCGACAUCACCUAUUAUGUCUACACGGCCCGGCGGACGCCCAAGGCGGUGCUGUGCACCCACGUCCGGUCCCAGUGGGAGCCCAACGAAUACCCCGCCAACCUCGAGCGCAUGCAGGCUUGGACCCCCGACGAGUGCAUCCCCGAGUUCUACUCGGACUCCACCAUCUUCAAGUCCAUCCACCCUGACAUGCCGGAUCUGGAGGUGCCGUCCUGGUACGGCUCCUGCGAAGAGUUCGUUGCUGCCCACCGGGCCCUGCUGGAGAGCCCGGAGGUCUCCCGGGACCUGCACCACUGGAUUGACCUCACCUUUGGCUACAAGCUGCUGGGUAAGGAGGCAGUGAAGGAGAAGAACGUCUGCCUGCACCUGGUGGACAACCACACCCAUCUCACCAGCUACGGGGUCGUGCAGCUCUUCGACCAGCCCCACCCUAGGCGACUGGUGGGGACCACCCUUCUGCCCGCAGAGGCCCCUCUCUCCACCCGGCCUCUCAUCCCCACGGUCCAAGAAACACGAGUGCUAGAGACCCCCAAGGGGAGCCAGAUGGCCGGUGGGCUGGUCAUCAGUGCAGCUACCUGCGAAGGCAGGAUUGGGCUGAGCACGGAAGAGGAGGUGGAGCAGGGAGCAGAGGCCCUGGAGUCUGGCCCGGCACCUGGCAGAGGCUCGGAGCCACCUGGUCCUCCUGCCCAGGGUCCCAGCUUCCCUGUGGACAGCCGGCCACUUGCCUGGCGGACCAAGGCCCCCGCCCCCCUCUUCCAGGUGGAAGGGGUAGAGGAGAAGGUGGUCCUGCCGGAGGGUCACCAGCUGCUUCAGGCCUUGGAGGAACUGGAGAAGCUGGAUACUUUCCUGCUGAAGGCCGUGCACAGGGCAGUGGAUUGGCUGGAGCAGCCCCCCUUGCGGCUCCCGGUGGCUCUCUCGGACCUUUUCCAGAGGGACAUGCAAGUGCUGGGGGUGCUGGUGGGUGAGAUCCUCUUUGCCCCCAAGCUCCGCACCUCCAAGCCGACGGCCUCACUGCGUGAGCGCUUCCAGGCCAUCCGGAGGCUUUGCCGGCUUCACCCCAAGGAGGUCCCCCCUCCACUCCAGCAUCUGCUCGAGGUGCUGCUGCAGCUGAAGGUUCCUGACCCCCAGCUUCUCAGAGAGGCGCAGAGCAGCAGGGGGCCCCAGCUGUUCGCCUACGAGCCCGUCUGGCAAGGCCUGCCCCCACCGUGCCCGUCGCAGCUGCUGAGCCCCUACAGCGGGGUCCUGCCCUUCCCGGCAUACUUCCCUGCCCUGCAUAGGUUCAUCCUGACCUAUCUCUCCCAGGGGGCUGGGGACGAGGGGCAGGGCCGGGAGCUGGUCUUCCAGCUGUGGCAGCAGCUGGACGGGGUGCUGAGUGGCAUCACUCCCGAAGGCCUGGAGAUUCUGCUGCCCUUCAUCCUGGCCCUGCUGUCCGAGCAGAGGACGGCUGUCCAUGCCGCCUGGUACCUCUUUGAGCCCAUCGCCAGAGCCCUGGGCCCCAAGAACACCAACAAGUACCUGCUCAAGCUCCUGAUUGGGGCCUACGAGAGCCCCCGGGGCCUCCACGGCCGUUUCUACCUCUACACGGACUGCUUCGUGGCCCAGCUGAUGGCCCGGCUGGGGCUGCAGCCCUUCCUUGCCCACCUGCUGCCCCACAUCCUGCAGGUGCUGGGGGGUGCAGAGGGCUCCUUCCAGGAGGAGAACAAGGCCUUGCUGCUGAGCACGGCGGAGGAGGACAGUGAGGAGAGCGACAGGAGCAGCCCGGCCUCUCGGUCCUUUGGGGAAGAGGCCAAGGGGGACGCCGGCCUGGAGCUGGUCAAUUACAUGUCAGGCAUCAGCCUGCACGACCAGGCCUACCCGCCAGAGAGCGAGGAGCUUCCAAAUGGCCUCUACCUGGCUGAGGCCCUGAGCCUGGGUCAGCUGAGUGAUAAGGGUGGUGCGGGCGAGGGGCUGCUGGGGGAGGAACCGCAGGACAAAGCCGCCGGCCUCCAGGGCCUGGAUGGCAGCCAGGACCCGAAGCACAGUGAGGAGGAGGAGGAAGAGGAAGAGGAGGAUGGGGAAGAAGGCCGCAAGGAGGCUGCUUUGGCCACAGAAGAGCCGGUCUUCUCAGAGGCUGCCGGCCCCUCUGUGGAGCCCACUCUGACCGAGGAAGAGGCCGGGGAAAGCCAGCAGGAUCUGCUGGACCAGGAUGUGGACAAAGAGCAGAGCAUCCUGAUAGACACCGCCUGCAGGAUGGUGCGGUGGCUGUCGGCCAAGCUGGGCCCUACCACCGCCUGCCGGUACGUCGCCAGAAACCUCCUCCGGCUGCUGGCCUCCUGCUAUCUGGGUGCAAGCAGACAGCAGUUCGUGGCUGGGGCCGAAGAAGGUGGCCCUCUGAGCGCUGGAAACCUGGAGCAGAGGCGGCCCGUGGCAGGCGACGUGGUCUCCGAGCCGGUGCUCACCUGCCUGGUCCAUAUAGCACAUCUCUACGGGGAACCAGUCCUCACCUAUCUCUACCUGCCCUACAUCAGUUACCUGGUGGCUCCUGGUGGAGGGGCGGCAGCCGGUCGGUUGAACAGCCGCAAGGAAGCUGGGCUGCUGGCAGCUGUGGCGCUCGGACAGAAGAUCGUGGUCUACCUGUCGGACAGCACCCUGAUGGACAUCCUGCCCAGGAUCAGCCAGGAGGUCCUGCUUCCCCUUCUCGGCUUCCUCACCUCGCCCACCCUCAGUUUCCCCAGUGGGGUCCAGGGCCGGGUCGCCUUGUGUCUGAAAACCAUCCGCUUGAUGGUGCUGGUUUGUUUACGGAUCGGACCGGAGAUGGCUCAGCAGCACCUGCGCCACACACUCCGGGGCUUCUUCGAGAGCUUCUCCUCGCUGCCUUUGGAGUCCGGCCAGCCGCUGUCUGCGGACGCCUCUCCUCUCCUGGAGCUCCAGAAAGUUUUCAGCCCAGAAAUGGCCUACGCUGCCUUUGUGCCCUUCUCCAGCCUGCUGGGUGACGCCUUUCACGCGAUUGUGCCGAACCAUGCCUUGGUCUGGCAGCUGGCCAGCCUUCACCUGGAGCAGGCCAGCCCCUCGUCCGAAAGACAGGCAGCUGCUGGGCCAGGCCAGGCCCCCUCGGAGCAGGAGGCACUGGGAGCCGAGCCCUCCUCCGGCCCUGCUGAGGACACGCGGUCGGGCACUUUUGGGAGUGUGCUGGUGGGCAACCGCAUCCAGGUCCCCUCCGAAGCCCAGCAGGACCCCUUGAGCGGGGCCAGGGGCAGCCUCUGCCCUAAACUGGGGGGCCAGGAAGGGGGGACACUGAAGCAGGAGCUGCGACGUAGCGCUCGCCUCCUCCUGGGCAACUGGCUGGCGUACUGGCAGUACGAGAUUGGGGUCAGCCAGCACGAUGCCCCCUUUCACUUCCACCAGAUCAAGCUGCAAAGCUUUGUGGGCCACGGGGGUGCGGUCAAGUGCAUGGCCGCUCUGAGUGGAGAGGACUUCUUCCUGAGCGGCAGCAAGGACAAGACCGUGCGCCUCUGGCCCCUCUACAAUCGAGGGGACGGCAGCCACGAGACCGAGCCCCGGCUGACCUACGACCGGCACAAGAAGUCUGUCUUCUACGUCGGCCUGCUGGAGGCCCCGCAGCACGUGGUCAGCUGUGAUGGCACCAUCCACAUCUGGGACGCCCCCACUGGCAAAGUGGUCCGUACCUUUGAAGCGCUGGACUCCAAGGCGCCCGUCACCGCACUCUGCCCCAUGCCUCCCCCCCAUGGCAGCAUCAGCAUCGCCAGCGCAGACUCGGUGCUUCGCUUCAUCGACCACCGGAAGCCAGGCUGGCAGCAGGAAUUCCGGCUGGCCAGCGGAGCCAGCGCCGGCCUCAUCCGCUGCCUGGCUAUCAGUCCUAGCGGGCGCAGCGUGGCGGCCGGCUUCUCCUCUGGCUUCAUGGUCCUUCUGGACACCCGUACAGGCCUGAUCCAGAAGUCUUGGUCAGCCCACGAGGGAGACAUCCUGCAGGUCAAGGCCACCGAGGGCAACGUGCUGGUCAGCUCCUCCUCCGACCAUUCGCUGACCAUCUGGAAAGACCUGGAGCCGAAGCCCCUGCAGAUGUACAAAUCGGCCUCCGAGCCCCUCCACCCCUUUGACCUCUAUGGCAACGAGGUGGUGGCCGGCACAGUGGCCAACAAAAUUGGCGUCUACGCCUUCCAGGGGCCCUCGGCCUCCAGCACCACCAAGCUGAGCUCCGAGAACUUCCGAGGGACCCUCACCAGCUUGACCGUCCUUCCUACCAAAUGCCACCUGCUGCUGGGCUCGGACAAUGGCACUGUCCGGCUGCUGGCGUAGCCCCUGCUUCUGAAGCAGAGGGGGACAGUUGUGGCUGGCCAACAGCCCUGGGGGGGGACCAGAAGGUUGGGGACGCCCCUUCCCCCCGUAGUCCCAGCCCAAGAAAAGCCAAGACACCCUCCAUCACCGUAUGUGCCUGAUGCUCCCUGGGGACUGGCAGAGAUGCGCCUGGAUGCCUGGAGGUCAUGCCCUUCUCCCCUAACUUGGGGGCUAGCAGGAAGGAGGGAAUAGCGGCAGAUCCCACGGCUUUUGGGUGGUGGGCCCCUCCGCUGCUUUCUCUGCCCUGAUUAGCCCUUUGGGGAAGGGGCUUCUGGGCAGGAAGGAAUGAUUGCCCCUUCCAAGUCUUCCCAUUGUCGGCCAAGUGUUGGAAGCCCCCCCGCCCCACACACACACUUUCCUUGCCUGGCCACAAAGCCCUCUAUCUGCCAAGGAGCCCUCCCCCCCAUCUUCCUCCCACGGCCCAGUCCAGCACUUUCCCUCUCUUCCCUGGAACUGGGGGGGAGGGCUGGAGGGGGGGCUUCUCACUGCUGAUUGAAGAAUUUGCAAGAAAUAAACCUCCUGAGAAACUACGA